CCGUCAUCAAAAUUUCAGCAAAAUUUUGUAGGAGUUAAAAAUUGAGGGCUGGACAUUGUAGGGUGUAGGGAGGAUAUUCUCAAUUGUCUGGCAUUAAAUACAGCACAUAGUUGACUACCUUCAGGUGAAAAUACGUUAAUCAAUGCUUGCAUUCAAUAUCAAGAGCAUAAGGGCCACAAUGAGACUUCCUACUGGACAAUAUCUGAAUUAACAUACUUAGUGUGUAUUGAGUGAUGUUUCGGAAUUCUUUGUUCAGUCCAUAUUCAGGUGCUCACUUCACUUUGCUGAUAGUAUGCUCAAUGAUAUAACCUUACACCAACUGGAAAGUCACUUCUGCCAAAAUGCCACACGACCUAUUUAUGACACAUUUAUAGCCCAGUUUGUAUAAAAUUCCGAAAAAUUCAUAAAAUGUACUUAUGUAGAACAUGACUUCACGCACAUCAAAAAGAAAAUCGACGCUGGGUAGUAUAGAUAUAGAAGGAAGCAGAGUAUCGUAUGAAAUUUAUAAUGGAGGUCUUGGAAAGAGAUACUUUGACAAAUUGGGACAAGACCUUGACAAGAUCAUUCAGGUUGAUGUAUCCACUGGUGUAACGGAAACCCGUGGUUCCGUACGGGGCAGAGCUGUAAAGCUCGCCAUUGAGAUGAAGAGGAGAGACAUCAAGCACGAUGACAUAAUAGUGAUGUGCAGCAGAACAAACACAGAUCAGGUGAUAGUUGUGUUGGCGGCACUCUUCUUAGGUGCCAUCUUAGCACCGCUAGACCCGGAGUUCAACUACAAGGAAGUACUAGACCUUAUGAAACAGUUGAAACCAAAACUGGUUUUUGGCGACUCCAGGACUAUCCCCCAGUUUGACAGGAUAUUUCAGGCUAUUAAUAUGAACAUUACAACAGUGAACUUCAACCCGGAAGUAACAGGUACCGUUCAAUUCCGGAAGCUACUCCUCACUCAAAAGGAAGAUGAAAACUUCAUACCUAGCUUCGUAGAGAACGCAAAAACUAGAGUUGCGUUUAUACUACCUACUCAAGGAACUACCGGUCUUCCCAAGUUAAUCUGCUUGUCACACGAAAACAUCUUCGUUCAAACCGUCACGUUCCUGGAGUUACUAGGCCAACCAGAAAAGGUGAUUUCAUUCUUCCCGAUAUCCUGGUUCUUACAGAUGAUCCUCGUCUGUGUCACUCUCGAAAGACCGGUUACCAGAAUAAUUCCAACAACGUUCACAGAAAGAAACGCAUGCAAAAUCAUACACGAUUUCAGCAUAAAGCAUGCUAUUCUAGGCACAGAUUAUGCGAUGAAGAUGGCUAACAGUCCAGCUGUCAAGGAUUACAACCUGAACUGUCUCAGAGUCGUAAUGAUAGGGACGGUGAACACAAUGAAGCAUGACGUACAGACAUUAAGACAACUUAUGCCCCACGUAAAGUUCCUUCAGUGCUACUGCCUUACAGAAACCGGUUGCAUAGCUGCUACUAGGGCCGAUAGCUACAGUAAGAGCAUAAUAAAGCCUCAGACUGCUAUUGGUCCUCUUACCAUGAACUGUCGGAUCAGGAUCGUUGAUCCAGAAACUAGAAAAGGGGUGGGGCAAAACUGUUAUGGAGAGUUAUUGUAUACUGGAGAUGGAUUCAUGUUAGGGUAUUUGAAGCAACCUGAUAGGACCAAAGAGUGCAUGGAGAAAGGUUUCUUCAAGACAGGUGAUCUCGGUAUGGUCGACGAGGAUGGUUGGUUAUACGUAAAAGGCAGGAUAGACGAUUUAAUCAUAAUCGACGAUUUCAAGUUCUGCCCCUUAGAUCUUGAAGAGGUUAUCGUGACACAUCCUGCCGUCAAGGAAGCAGUCGUCAUCGGAAAUGAUAAAGAGAUCAUUGCACUUGUCAAGAAACUCAAUAAGGAUGUUUAUUUGUCAACUAAUAAGUUACAAUUCAUUGGCGGGAAGUGAUGCUGAAGACAUGGCUGUGAGCUUGGCCACAAAUAUGUUGGACGAUAUAUUCGGAAUACCGAAAUGUCUGCAUACUGACCCGUUCACUGACCCAAUGGUGUAGUACUGUAGAAUUACUCAAGUGGAAUCUCAAGAGGGAAAACCUUAAUCCAGCAUUGAUUACAAUUUUUUCAGUAGUCUAAAGCAUGGUCGUUCACGUGGCUUAAAUACUGUAAGCAUGCUUUUUUGUAGGAUUUUUAUUGAACGGAACAGUUAAAUGGUGUGCAGCACCAAAAAGCUCAUCAGAACUCUUCCAAAUAAUUUCCCAGGUUUUUUCCUACUGGCGUGUCAUUUGUUUUUGUUAUCCUUUAGUUGAUUCUACUACAGUAAGUAGCUCUUGAAUAG